GUGUGGAGCAGUGUGAGAGUGUGAGUGUGGUGUGGAGGGACAGUGUGGGACAGUGUGGUGUCAGACAGAGACAGCACUGAGCGGAGGAGGAACAUGGGGACCUGGCUUCUUAUUCUCCUCGCCUCCGGACUGUUUUACCUCCUGCUGAAGGUGAGCGGAGACCUGAGGAGGAGACAGCCAGGUGAGCCUCAGCUCGUGACAGGAUGGCUCCCGUUUUUUGGUGUAAUGUUGGACUAUGCUAAAAACCCACUGGGCUUCCUGCGAGCAACUCAACAAAAAUAUGGAGAUAUCUUCACCUGUAAAAUUGCAGGGAAGUACCUCACCUUCAUCAUGGACCCCUUCUCUUUCCCGAUGGUGCUGCGUCAGGGCAAAAACCUCGACUUUCAUACAUUCGCCAUGGGUUUCUCUCAGCGGGUAUUUGGCCACGCCGAUUUCACAUCUCCAGUGUACAGCGACAGCUACAAAGAUGUCCACUCUAUCUUCACUCAGACUCUGCAAGGCCUACAUCUUCAGCACCUGUCUCAAACCAUGCUUGACAAUCUGCAGACAGUUUUACAACGAUGCCUGCCAAGUGAAUCCAGUUGGAGGGAGGAAGGGCUGCAGUGUUUCACUCACAGGAUCAUGUUUGAGGCCGGGUUUCUCACACUGUUUGGCAAGAAGAAUGGCGUUUUACAGUCAGAAACAGUUGGAAUGUGCAUGCAGAAAGCAAAGCAAGAUUUUUUAACAUUUGAUCAGGCAUUUCCCAUACUUGCAGCAGGACUGCCCAUAUCGCUGUGUGUGCGUGCAUUGCGAGCAAGAGAAGCAUUAGCGGAGAAACUGCUGCAUGGUGAACUUCAUCAAAGGACAUUAAUAUCAGACCUGAUUCAGCGAAGAAUGGAUGCUUUUGAUUGCAUGCAUUUGGACGAGACGGGAAAAGCCCGCACUCAUGUCUGCAUGCUUUGGGCAUCACAAGCCAACACACUGCCAGCUGCCUUUUGGAGUCUCUACUAUACUCUGAGAUGUCCAGAAGCUCAUGCUGCAGCCCUAGCUGAGGUUGGCCAGAUCUUGCAGGAUAUUGAGGACCAUGACACUCCAAUCAGCCUCUCCACUGAACAGCUGGAUUCCAUGACUGUGCUAGAGAGUAUCAUCAGUGAAGCUCUGCGCCUGUCCAGUGCCUCUAUUAUGAUACGAGUUGCAAAUGAUGAUUUCAGUCUCACUCUGGACUCUGGUAAACCACAAGCAAUCAGAAAGGGUGAUUACAUUGCUCUCUACCCACAGCUCAUCCACAUGGACCCUGACAUCUACUCCAACCCCAUGGAGUUUAGAUACAACCGAUAUUUGGAUGAGAUGGGCCAAAAAAGAACACAGUUUUCCAAAAAUGGACGGCCGCUGAAAAACUACCUUCUCCCAUUUGGUUCUGGUGCCAGUAAGUGCCCAGGUCGUUUCUUUGCGAUGAAUGAGAUAAAACUCUUCCUCACACUAGUGCUCUGGUACUAUGACUUACACCUCAGUGACACUAACAAAGCAGUGUUACCAGACAGUACACGUGCAGGCCUUGGCAUUCUACCACCCAUGCAAGAUGUGCUUUUAAGAUACAGAGCUAGAGGAAUACGAUACAAAGAGAGGCACAUGGAGGAAAGAGAAGACUAAAGCAAGGAGAAUGGAACUGAUCUCUGAACAAACUGACCACAACAAUGAGACAGAAACUUACAACAACAAACAGAACUUACAGCAAGUCUCCAGAUAAACUUUGAGUGGCCUUUUUAUUAGAGGAACCCUACUCUAUAACUGUGCCUAGCAAGUUCAAUAAGUUUAACAGUGAUUUGUAAGGUGGAAUUGCCAAGAUACUACUAUUCUUCACCAGCCUAUUUUGUUUAUAUGUAGAAUAUAUUUGUACAUAUUUUUUAAAAAUGAUACAAAUGCUGUUGUAUUGGCGCAGUCAAAAUGCCAUUACUUUGUUACAGUGGGUUUAAGAAACUAAUGCAAGUUAAGAAUUUACAUUUCUCUUGGGUGAUCCAUGCAUUAAUUCCUGUGUUUUGCAUUUCAAGUUUUGCAUUUCACAUUUAAUUUAUUGCUUAACUUAAAUGUAAAUCACAUUACAAAGUGAGGCAAAUGUGGCAUUAGGCAUCUUACCUAAGGACUUUUAUUUGUGUAGCAUGGUGUGCUUGCCUGGCUCGGAAAUUGAACUCGUCUUGAACUAGUCUUUCCCAGGGAAUACAAUGUUACCCUCUAGACUACACCAGCCAAGACAUGGAACUACUAAGGAAGCCUGUUUCAGGGGUUCCUUAGUAAUUGGAUUAAGUAACAUAAUCUAAUACCUACAUAAUUGAUGACUGCAUGAUGUCUGAGACCCUUUGACAUCACCCUAUUACAUCACUGACUGGAAUACAGCCUUUUCGGUUCUUGCUCACUUUGGGGGCUUUCUGCUCACCAUCUUGUCCUCUAUAAGUGAAGUGCAUGAUAAAUGAGGUUCAGGUCAGGUGACUGACUUCAAUCAAUAACAUGCCACGUCUUGGCUCUGAAAAAUUCUAUAGUUGCUUUAGCAGUGUGCUUUUGUUCAUUGCUGUUUAUCUGGAACCGAGAAACUGACGACUGUAAAAUAAUAAGAUUUGGCCUGCAAAAGAGUUAUCUUUACCCCAUUUCUUUGAAAUCAUAUUGGUCGAUGUAGUACAUUUCCUUUUUUUUUAUAUUGUAUGUUUGUUCCAGACAUUGUAUUUGGGUUUCUAGUUUGUUUAACAGCACUACCUACACAGCAACGCACAGUUGGGCAAAAUCAACUAAGC